AUGUCGUCGUCGUCCUCCCAAUUCCUCAAUUUUCUGAGUUGGGUCAGUUUUUUUUUUCAACCGUAUGAGGCUCUUCAAUAACGUAGUUCUGAAUUUAAAAAAUAAAAAAAGUUUUUUUGUUUUUUUAAAAAGCCGAUUUUUUGUUUUGCCAGUGUAUUAAAAUUAACUAUUCGAUUCUUUUUGAAAAAAAGCAAACAUUUUUCAUGUAUCACUCGCCUUUUUUUCGAUUGGAAACUGAUCCUUUUUUUGGAAUUGAAAAAUUCCAGCAUUUCCUGUUUGUUUUUUUCUGAGUCUAUUUUUUUAAUUAAAAUUAAUCAUCAUUAUUAAACCUCUCUCUGGAAGUCCCAGGCAUCCACGAUAAUCUCAAAACUAUCAUCUUUCUAUAUGUGACUCUUUAAGAUGAUCCCUUUUAGCUCAGAAACCUUUGAAUAAAAUAAAAAAGUCUUUCUCACCGAUUGAACAGAGAUAUUUUUAAAGCGAGCUUGAAAAAAAUUCCUAUUUAACUCUGAAUUUUAGCGCAACCGAUACACGCGACUGGUUAUUGGAGUAGUCGCCAUCAGCGCUCUUGUCUACAUUUUUUUGAUAAAUAACAUCCAAGAAAAUGGAUUUGAGCUCGAUUCAAAAGCGAAGGUGAUCAUGAAAUACUGGGGAAUCAUAACUUUCUUUACGAUUCAGGGUCAUGGAGAUCUGGAGCUUUCCCAAGUAACCAAAGACACAAUAUACGUUCGUAAAGUGUUUAAAGACUGGCAAACUUGUAUUCAAAAAACUGCUGACUAUUCUGAAUUCAAAAAGGUAAGACUUAUAAUGUCGUUGAAAAUAAAAUAUGUUUUUUGCAGUUUUGGGAUUCAUUCUCUAUAACUCUUGAGAAGUGCAAAAACAAUACGGAAGCACGGCUGGUCGAGUUGGUUCCUGUGAAAAACUUGGACGAGAUAAAGCAUUACAUUUUUUCGCCGAAGGUUUAAAGUUUUUUUUUUGUGGAAGGACAAAAUUGAAUUAUGGCUUUUUCACGCCUAGUGUUCCAAAUAUCAAUUGGAUUACUCCCACACUUCUGCAUUAUACUCCAAGCAGCUCAGCAGCUUGAUUUUUGAAAAACCAAAAUUUCCCUUUUAGCGACGAAAAGGGUGAAAAAAUAUGAAUGUGGUGAGAAACUGAGUAUUAAAUGACGUUACAAGCUUUUUUUAUCCAAAUAAGUUAAUCUUAGGAAGAAAAAUCUGUCGUUGUCACUCUCGGAAUCGGGGCGGAUGUAGAAGCUGAAAAAUGGAUCAAAUCCAAGCUCCCUGCGGUAAAUCCUCAUUUCAAACUGAUAUUUCAGUUGAUUUUCAGGACUCUGAAUUCUUUGGGGCAGACCCUAUCGUCUCACCCAACUCCGAUUUGUUCUCACCAAUCGGAAUUUUCUUCCCAAUUGCUGUCGGCAAAGACACCGGACUUUUACAGUCCAAUGUCCGGCUCGAUGAUGGUUAAUGAGUACUCGGAAUUCUCACAUAUAAGGUUUUCAGGAAACUACAAAAUGACGACCAUGGCAAACAUUGACGUCAUCACUUUCUUCACCAAACUCAUGAAUCGGACCUUGAUCGACCACCUUUUCUUGGACAACGAAGGUCCUGAGUACGAUCUGCUCCCGAUGAUGGCAAAAAACGCCGAGUUCGAUGCUCACAACAUCGUUAUUUGUCACAUGAAUGUCGAGGUGAUCUUUCCAAGCUUUCUGGUGUCUGCAGUCCUUCAUGACGCAUAUCAAAGCAAAACACAUACUUUUACUAAGAAUUGAAGCUCAUUAUUUGCUGAGAAUCAACGGAGCGUACGAAAUAACGUCUCCAAGGAAACGGAAUCAUUUGUCAGCAUGGAAAAUUAACACUUUAAACAGAUGAUGAAAUUCACAAAGCUUUUCGAUUUUUUUCGAAGGCGAGCACAUCUUAUGCGGUUGAAAAGAAGAAUUGACUGAGAAACGAAAACCUGAAAAGUUCAAACUUUUUUCAAUCUGCAGGAGAGUAGCUGAGUUCUUUAUUUGGAAAAACAGACACAAAAUCAAAAGAAGUGAGAGGAAAAAACACGAUUUGAAAAAAUCCCCGGAAAACUACUGUUUUUUAGAAGAAUAUUGAUUUUUCUUUUUUGGAAUGAAAUGGUUAGAUUAAUUUCAAGUGAUAAAAAAAUUGGCAGAAAUAAGAAAACUAUCUCUUUUCGAUCAUUACCCUGUUCUUGCUCCAAACUUAAAAAUCACUCGAAAAAUGUGACAGUCAAUGUAAAUAUACAAAAAAAGAGAUUUUUUUGGAGUUCCAAAUUCAAAAAGCAGUCGAAUUUUCAAAACCUUUAAUUUGACCGUUGCUGGAUUCUGAAAAAAUGAAUCCUUGAAACUUUCGCGAAUCUCAAUUUUUUUAAAUCGGAGUUGGAAUAAAGUCUCAAAGUCAAAAUAAAAACUUGCUUUCAGAUCCACCACGCUCCGGUGGGCUCAGAUAAAGCAGAAAAGUUCGUGAGAAUGAUGAAACAGAUUUUCGCCGACGGCCGUUACGUGCCAAUCAGAGCCGUGAAUGCCCUCCAUCAACGAACUUUCUUCAUCAACGUCGACCAUCCUUACUGUAUCAAUAAGUAUCUCACCCAAUUCUUCCCUGUUCAAAAGCAACUCUGA